AUGCUCAAGAACUACUGCUCAUCGAUCUGUGUCAUCACACACACUCAGGUUUGUUAAUUUGAAUAGGACAGUCGGAUUAGAAUGGUUGCUUAUUUUCAGAUGUCAAAAGAAGGCGCAUUCGGUCGGAAUCCAAAUCAGCGGAGGAACAAUCGCCCAAAAGGUCGAUUGAGCUGGGGAACACCAAGAGCAGCGAAUUCAAGUCAUCUCGGAGCUGGUAAACACAUGGUGAGUGAUUUUUCCGAUAAAAAUACGUAGCUGCACUGUAGUUGGAAACCGACUUGAAUUUGCGCCAAGUCGUUAAGAAUGCAACUUUCGACUCGACUCCUACCGAUGGAUUUUCUUGACUUCGAUGAUCGAACCUCUCCUGGUGGAUGGAGUAUUCAACUAUGGUUAUUGCGCUGGUUUAGAUGUUGAAUUUUGGAUGACGUGAUUGGUAAACAUGGUGAAUUGGUGAAAUUGGUUGAAACUGACAAAUUCCACCAAAAACAAAUCCCCAGCACCAAGUCACAAGUUUACACCAAUGUUCGCCAUCCAGUAUUCAUCAUCUCAACUAAAACCAUAGAAAUCUCUGAAAAUUCACAUCCACCACGAGAUGAUCGGCCAUCGAAGUCGACCCGAUAAAAAUCCAUCGACUCGACUUUACUAGACAAGAAUAAUUCAAUAUUCUGUCUAAUUCACUUUAUUUCCAGCACCCAUACCAGAGUACCGCAACGAAACAUUUUUGUGAAACAGUUUCACUUGGUUUUAGCAGAACAUUUUAA